CAAUGCUUCUCCCCCUUUACGACUCCUCUCUUUACCGCUCUCCGACCUCCGGACAUCAUGUCGCGGCGCAAAAACCGAAGACCCGGGAAGGGAGCCACGAAACCUCAGGGGAACCAUCCGCAGAAUCCCGGGAAAAAUGUCAAGAAAGAUCCUGGAAUACCCAACCUUACUCACUUCAAGGAACAGGCUAAAAGAGAGGCCGAGCAGAAGAAGAAAAGGGUGGAAGAGAUGAGGGCCAAGCAAAAGGCUUCCAGGCAGAAAGAGAUGGCGAAGAGGAGAAGCUUGGACACUUUCCAGAAAGAUGUGCUGAAGCGGCAGCGGGAGUUCGAACAGAAGGAAGCCGAUCUGAAGAGCUUGGAGAAACAUGAGCAGCUGGAGAAUGAGAGUUCUAGGAAAGCAUAUUAUCGUGAAUUUAAAAAGGUGGUUGAAGCUGCUGAUGUUAUCCUGGAAGUACUGGAUGCCAGGGAUCCUUUGGGCUGCCGGUGCCCUCAGGUAGAGCAGGCUGUGGUACAGAGUGGAGCAAAUAAGAAGCUGGUCCUGGUUCUUAAUAAAAUAGAUUUGGUGUCCAAAUCCAUAGUGGAGAAAUGGUUGAAGUAUUUGCGGAAUGAGUUCCCCACUGUGGCUUUCAAGGCUUCUACACAGCAGCAGAAUAAGAACUUGCAACAGAGCAGGGUGCCGGUCACCCAGGCAUCUGAGGAUCUUCUGAGCUCCGGUGCCUGUGUUGGUGCUGACUGCCUGAUGAAACUUCUUGGAAAUUACUGCAGAAACCUGGACAUUAAGACUGCCAUAACAGUAGGAGUUGUAGGUUUUCCAAACGUGGGAAAGAGCAGUUUAAUCAACAGUUUGAAGAGGGCCCGUGCUUGUAAUGUAGGAGCUACACCUGGGGUGACGAAGUGCCUGCAAGAGGUCCACCUGGACAAACAUAUCAAACUUCUCGACUGUCCGGGUAUUGUCAUGGCGACCUCCACAUCUGAUGCCGCUAUGAUCCUGCGGAACUGUGUAAAAAUUGAGCAGCUUGUGGACCCUGUAGGACCGGUGGAAGCCAUUUUGAGACGUUGCAAUAAAGAUCAGAUUAUGCAGCACUACAAGGUGACCAACUUCAGGGACACGCUGGAAUUCCUGGCCAUGCUUGCUAAGCGACAGGGGAAAUUGAAGAAAGGAGGCAUGCCAGACCAUGAAAAGGCGGCUAAAUCUGUUCUAACAGAUUGGGUUAGUGGUAAAAUCAGUUAUUUUACGCAUCCGCCAGAAACGCACACGCUUCCCACACACAUCAGCGCAGAGAUUGUAGCGGAAAUGGGGAAAGCUUUUGACUUUGAAGCACUGGAGAUGGAUAAUCAUGAGUCUUUGUCAAAAAUCCAGUCGGCUCCUCAGGGCAUAGCUAUGGAGGCUUCAGGCCUGACUACUGGAGUCGGACAGGAAUCGGAGGAAGUAGAGGCUGUUGAGCUGGAAGACUCGGCUGAAGAAGCAGACACACAAGCUGAUGCAAUGGAAGAGGACAGAGAUCUUGAGUUUGGGCCUAUGACUGUGGAAAUUAAAACAGCAAAAAGCAAAGUGCAAACGGACACAGAGAAGGUUCCCAGAGCACCCAGCCUGAAGGAAAUUCAAGCAGUAGAUCCUCUGCAGCAAGGCCAGGCAUUGAAGGCAGCCGGCAAGAGGAGGAAGAAGUUGCAGAAAAGAGCAGAUAAGCUUGCCACUAAAUUAUCUGAUACGUUAACACAAGCAAUGAAUUUUGGAAUGAGCGACUGAAUAGAGAAAAUAAAGUUCAAAGACUUUUGCCUUGGGAUCCCGAGAUUGGUCAUCUUGCAUCCCACACUUGCUCUGAAAACAUGAAUACAGACUGUGUUGUGUAAUACUAAAAAUAUUUAUCAGCCUUUGUCUAAUAAAGACACUUUAUACCAAAGAA